CUGUUAGUAACGACUAACAGUAAGUCGUAGCCUCGUAGUGACGCUACUAAAUUACUCGGCCAAAGAACCCUAAAAGGCUAAAACCCCCACUAUCUGUCCUCCUUGAAACUCCAUCAAUGGCUGAGAAAUCUCAAAUGGCGGCCAUUACAGUCGGAGGAAAAGGUUCGUCUCUCUCCUCUGCCUCUAUUUUCUUUGUGGCCAACAAGCUCGCUCAGGUACGUAUAGAUUCUUCUAUUCUUGAGAAAUUAUCAUCUUCAUCGAACAAGAAUCCAUGUCCGACAACAAUCAAGUAUCAAAUCUCAUUUCCCCAAUUUCUAACCCUAGAAGAAUUCAGAGCUUCUUCCACUCUUCUAUUGUCUAAACUCUUGCUCUCUAGCUCCAAAAUUCGUGCUGACAUCCCUAAUUUUAUUUGCCAAACUCUGAAUUCGGAUUUAGAAACUGAUACGAAUAAUUGUAGUUUUGAUCCAAUUGAUGUUACUGAAGAGGAAAAAUGUACAUUAGAUGCUUUUUUAUCUGUAUCUGCAUUGGAUAGUAUUUGUGCUUUGUUAGACCAUGGAGCUGCCAGUCUAUCCCCUGUUGCCGAGACUGUGGCGGCUUUGUCGUGUGAGGCAUCAAAGGCGAAGGUGUCGGCUUUUAAUUUGGUUGAUUCAGGGGAUGGGAAGUGUUUGAAGGAUGAAGCUGGUGUUGCCAGUGAUCUUAAGGUUUUGCUUAAUGGGUCCAAAUUAACUGGUAAGGUUGAGGUUGAUGCUGUUUCGAGUAUUCCGGAAACAUAUGGGAGUUUUAGGGAAGCAAUGAGGGUGGUGCAUUCGAGAGCUAGGGUCGAGCUGAAUUCAGCAACGAAGUGUGGUAUAGGUGGAUCAGGGAAGGCAUGGUAUCCGUCUUUGGCGUCUUUGGCAGCCGCACUUUGGAAUUUGGGAGAAAGUAGUUUGAUUCGGGUAGAUUUGAAUGUUAAUUCAGUUGGUAGUGAUGGAUUACAGUCAAGUUUGAAACUUCUCAUUGAUGAGAAAUGUUCUACUCAACAAGCUCUACAAGAUGCUUUUAAGCAUGCCUCAGAAGCAGCUUUUGAGAAGAAUUAUGUUCAGUUUGUGCACAACGUUAAUGAAUUGUUUGGUUUGGUAAAGACCGGUGUUACUUGGGAGAUGAUAACUGCCAUUCUUUCGCUGGAAGGAAGUGAAUUGUUUGAAAAGAAUCCGGCUGUUGCUGCUAAUGAGGGGAAUGUAAAAUCAGAUAAGAAGAGUGAGAAGAAGAAAAAGGUUUUAGGGAAGGGAACGAUGGCCGUUCUUUCUCUUAUUAAAGCUGAUGAAAUUAAUUCUUUGCAGAAAUUGGCUGACCACGUUUUCUCAAUUUUGGAUCCCAAGGUUCCUGCCUUUGGCGAUUUCUUAGAGAAGAUAAAAGAAAUUGUCGAAAGCAAUGAAAGCAGAAGACUCCCCAAGCUCCCAAAGGGUACGCGCGAUUUUGCUAAAGAACAGAUGGCAGUGAGGGAAAAAACUUUUUCAAUAAUAACAGAAGUUUUCAAGAGGCAUGGUGCAAUGGCACUUGAUACACCUGUUUUUGAAUUAAGAGAGACACUGACGGGGAAAUAUGGAGAGGAUUCAAAGUUGAUCUAUGAUUUGGCUGAUCAGGGAGGAGAGCUAUGCUCUCUGCGGUAUGACUUGACCGUUCCAUUUGCUCGGUAUGUGGCAAUGAAUAGUCUUACAUCAUUCAAAAGGUACCAAAUUGCUAAAGUCUACCGAAGGGACAACCCAUCAAAGGGAAGAUAUCGUGAAUUUUAUCAAUGUGAUUUUGACAUUGCUGGCCAGUUUGAGAAGAUGGGGCCUGAUUUUGAGGUGGUUAAAAUUUUAACCGAGCUGCUUGAUGAAUUGAAUAUUGGAGAAUAUGAGGUAAAGUUGAAUCAUCGCAAAUUGCUGGAUGGUAUGUUAGAUAUAUGUGGAGUCUCUUCAGAGAAGUUUAGAACAAUAUGUUCCAGUAUUGACAAGCUGGACAAGCAAUCAUUUGAGCAAGUUAAAAGGGAAAUGGUGGAGGAAAAGGGUUUAGCUGCAGAGACAGCUGAUAGGAUUGGUAAUUUUGUGAAGGAAAGGGGAUCUCCUUUGGAGCUAUUAUUGAAGCUUAAACAGGAAGGCAGUGAGUUUCUGAAACAUGAAGGAUCAGCCCUUGCACUGGAUGAAUUGGAGAUUUUAUUUAAAGCUUUGCAGAAAGCGAAAUGUGUAGAUAAAAUAGUUUUUGAUUUAAGUCUUGCCAGAGGUCUUGAUUACUAUACUGGGGUGAUAUUCGAAGUUGUCUUUAAAGGAACCACACAGGUUGGAUCAAUCGCUGCUGGUGGACGCUAUGACAAUCUCAUAGGGAUGUUUGGUUCUAAGCAGGUUCCUGCUGUUGGUGCCAGUUUGGGAAUAGAACGUGUAUUUGCAAUAAUGGAGCAAAAUCAGAAAGAUCAAAAUCAGGUAAUACGAGCUAAUGAGACCCAGGUUUUGGUGGGUGUUAUGGGAGAUGACUUGAGUUUGACUGCCGAAUUGGUUAAUGAACUGUGGGAUGCGAAGAUAAAAGCAGAAUACAUAAUGGUCAAAAAGGUUUUUAAGAUCUUUGAGCGUGCAGAAUCAUCUGGGAUCCCGUUUGCUGUCAUGGUUGGUAAGCAAGAACUUGAUGCAGGGAUUGUGAAAGUGAGGGAUGUAAAGGCCAAGACAGAGGAAUCAUUCCCCAGAGGUCAAAUGGUCGAGGAGCUUCUCAAACGAUUAUGAACCUCGUCCUGAAACAGCAAAAACUGAGUUUUUUUGCCUGUAUUCCGCCUAUCUCUGUAGAGAUUUAGUUCAACCUUUUUUUUUUUUUCUGACACAGCAUGUUGGGAAUAUUAAUCUUCUAUACGUCAUAGAUUAACUUGGAUUAUAACUGAUAUCACCUGACACUUCAAUUCUUUUUUGGAUAGCAUGUUCAUUGUAAAAGUGAUCUCCAGUCUCUCCCUUUAAUUUUGAACAGGCUGGUUAUUUUGACUAUGUAUUUGAGCUGCAAAGAAUAUAUGAUUUGUAAGUGUGCUUUACUCA